AUUAUUAUGUUGGACACCGUUCUGUUACAUCGUAUAUUGAUAUAAUUCAAAGCUUAUUCAUAGAAAUAAAAAAAAUCGAGGUAUAGUUUAUGAAUAAUAAAUUUUCAAUAUAUUUUUUAAUGAGAUGUAGUCAUUGAGCCAGUUAUGUUAAAUUGUGUAACCUGUAAACUCAAGAUCGUACAUACUGUACUAUCAUAUAGGUUAUCUAAUAACCUUAUUAUGUUCUGUUUUUCGUUAUUCAAUAUGUUUCUUAACCCUUGUAGUUAUAUAGUAGCGAAGAGUGUAUUGUUUAUUUGAACGUACUUUUAAUGAUUCGUAUUAAGCUAUUUUUUCGACUUAGGUCAAAGUAUUAUUCCUCCUAUUUAUAAAAAUUACGUAAGUUGAAGCGCCUUUAUUUAGAACUAAGAUUUACAAUACAAAACAUAUGCCCAGUGUUUUCAAUAAAAGACAUGCGAAUUGUUACAAAGUCGAACAGGAGUCACAAAUAUUUUAUACAAUUUUCAUUUGCGAAAGUAACUAAGCGAUGAGUGAAUUACGAGAAUAUUCCUAUAUGAGAUUUGACAUGAUGCAGUCAACGGCCAUGGCAAUGACAUCGGGAAGUUCAAAGCCGAAAGGUCCCACCUGUAAAGUGUGCAAUGAUGAAGCAAGUGGCUUUCAUUAUGGUGUUGAUAGUUGUGAAGGCUGCAAGGGCUUCUUUAGACGCUGUAUUACUCAGGGAAUGACCCAUCGGUGUUCAAAUGAUGAAAAAUGCGAAAUCACCCCAUUCAGCCGCAAUAGCUGUCAGUACUGCCGCCUAAAGAAGUGCUUUGCAGUUGGUAUGUCUAGAGAGGCAUCAAGAUUAGGACGUCGGCCGAAAAAACUGAAAGAACCAAGUGGUGGUAUGAGAGUAGUGCCUGCUAGUCAAUUAUCUCCGGUGACCUCUAUUGUUCCAACGCAACCUAUCAAAUCGCCUAUUUUAUCUAUUCCACCUAACUCUAACGUAAGUGGUGAUAUACAGAGAAUGGUGCCUUCUGCAAGAGCCCGUCAAAAUGCCAUACAUGCUCCUUAUUCUCAUUCUAAUUGUCUUACACCACCACAAGUUUCAAGUAGCGGUAGAGUUAUAGAUCAACUGCAGCAAGAAAUGGCACGGUUACAUAGAUCUCAAUCGCAUACUAUCAAUCCACGAGAAUUUUCUGGCGAGAAUAUGUUUUUUAAUCAUCACUUGGAAACUGACAGCGAAACUGGAUAUAGCUCGUACGGUGGAGGCGAUAGUACUCCAUCAAGCGCUAAUAGCAACUCACCUUCUAUGGCCAAUAAUCAGAUCAAUGAUCCAUCUGCCGUUGGUGAUCAAUCGUUACAAGUGAGCGAUAAGGAAUUUCUAAUAAUUAUGACAGCCAUGAAAGAGGAGGCUCCCUCUGAAGACUAUGUUCCUCGGACAAAUCCUAUUACAGAAGACACAAUACAGAAUUUCCUGGCCGAAGCUCGAUCUCCCCCAAUGGAGGAGGAUCGCAUAGCCGUCAUUGAUCGUAUUAUUGCUGAUAUAAAAGAAGCUCAGCUUCAGACUUGUCGAUAUACUACUGCUAAAGUACUUGAAGGUUUAAGAAAGUAUGAGCAAGCUCAUGCUCAUGAACCGGCCGGUGCCUCCACUCAUCAAAUAAAGCUAGAACAGGACAGUACUGGAUUCUCUCAAUUUAAUCCCAGUGAAAUACCUCUACCUUGUAUGAAAGCCUGGAAGAAAUUUGUUGAAAACAUGGUUCCAGCUAUUGAAAGAGUUGUUCAUUUCUGUAAAUUUCUUCCUGGAUUUAAGGAUCUUUGUCAACAAGAUCAAAUUAAAUUGAUAAAACAAGGAUCAUUCGAAGUAGUUAUGAUUCGAUAUUUACCUCUAGUUGAUCAUAACAGUGAAUUGAUGUUUGAUCCAGAUAUGGAUUAUAAAAUAACCAGACAAGUGAUACGAAAAAUGCCCAUGGGAACUCUAAUGGAAAAGAUGUUUGAUUUUGCUAAGAUAUGGAACCCUUUGAAUUUAGAUGAUGCUGAAAUGGGUUUAAUCUCUGCAAUUCUUAUGGUCAAUCCUUAUCGCAUAGAUGUUGUUAAUCGUAAACAAGUGCAUCGACUGCAAGGUGUCUAUUUACAGAGUUUAUACAAAUAUCUGCUAACUUUUAGACCAAAUACCUACGAAAAUCAGCUAGAAGCGAUGGUUCGAACAAUUCCAGAUUUAUCCAGCAUAAAUGAGCACCAUGCGAAGUCAUUGAACAGUAUGAUGCCAGGUGCGAAUAUGUCACAAAAUUUACCUGACCUGCAUACAGAAAUAUUCCCAAGAUACUUUUUGGAAGCAAUUCAGGGUUUCGUAUCAUCAAUUUCGUUAUUAACAGAAAUGGAUUAUCUACCACUUUGGUCAAGUUUGGAGCUAGAGAAGAGCACUCUCUCUAGCAUUAAUUCAUGUGGAGAGGAAACGGACAAUUCUAGUCUUCCAGAAUCACCAACAACUUCAGAUAUAUUCGACUUGGAUACGGAUUCUUUGAUAAAAAGUUUGUUUGAAGAAGGAGAUGAUAUGAAAUGUGACGAUAUUAAAACCGAACCUGAUGAAAUUGACAACUGUAAUUCAGUUGGCGAGGACUUUGUUGUUCUAGGCGUAGACAUAAAAAAUUUGUUGCAUGUUGAGCCUUUUACAACAGAUGUGAGCGCCUUUACUCCAGAUCCGAUUGCUUGUCAUCAACAACCCCAGUAUCAUACUACAUCGUAUCAAAUGUAUCACAACCAUGAGCCACUAAUUCAGAGUUAUUAUCCACCACCAUCAGUUGCUCCUCAACCUCAACCUCCUCUACCCCCGCCGCCUCCUCCUCCUGCUCCUCCUCAACAGCAGCAGCAAGACUUAAUCCAAUAUCACAGCCCAAUCAAGAAUACAGACGAUAAAGUUCACCCAUGCCCUUACAUUGGUUGUGGAAGAGUUUACAGUAAAUCGUCUCACUUGAAAGCUCACUUAAGACGACAUACAGGAGAAAAGCCUUUUCCAUGCAAUUGGCCUGGAUGCGGUUGGCGAUUUUCUCGCUCGGACGAAUUGGCAAGGCAUAAAAGAUCGCAUUCUGGUAUCAAACCAUAUCCUUGCACGCUUUGUGAAAAAAAAUUCAGCAGGUCGGAUCACUUGUCCAAGCACCUAAAAGUUCACAAGAAGCGUAUGAUGUGUGCCUCUUCUUCUUGA